CAUGACAUCUAAAAACUCCAGUACUCAGCUAUGACUGGUCACGCACUUCCAUGAGUUGGGCUCCCUUUAUGACUUCCUGCAGUACAUCACACUGGACCCAGAGGGCUGCCUGCGCAUGUGCCUGUCCAUAGCCAGUGGCUUGGUGCACCUCCACACAGAGAUUCUCACUACACAGGGCAAACCAGCCAUCGCACACAGAGACCUGAAGAGCAGCAACAUCCUGGUAAAAAGAAAUGGACAGUGCUGCACUGCUGACCUGGGCCUAGCUGUCAUUCACUCUCAGUCUAAUGACUAUCUGGAUGUGGGCAACAAUCCAAGAGUGGGAACCAAACGCUAUAUGGCACUGGAGGUUUUGGACAAGAGUUUUCGUGUAGAUGUCUUUGAGUCCUACAAACAGACUGAUAUCUGGGCGUUGGGCCUUGACAUCUGGGAAAUAACUCGCCGAACUUUUGUCAGUGUAAUUGUAGAGGAGGACAGACUGCCGUACUUUGACAUGGUGCCUUAUGACCCCAGUUUUGAGGAGAUGAAGAAAGUGGUGUGUGUUGACCAGCACAGGCCUUGUCUACACAAUCGACUACACUCUCAUCCGAUCCUGUCUGCAGUUGCAAAGAUUAUGAAAGAGUGCUGGUUCCAAAGCCUUUCAGCUCGAUUCACUGCCCUGCGUGUGUGCAAGACCCUUUCCAAACUGGACCAGGACCAUGACUACGACAUAGACAAGAUUAAACUGGCCCUCUAGAAUAAACCUGAAAUCAUGCAAUACUGAGGCAGUUCAAUUCUAAUGGACCUUAAUGACAUAUCCAUCUAAGUACUUUCUUAAUGUGCAUUAAUUUUUUCAAGUUAGCACUUUUAAACAUCCACUCACUAAAGAACAAAUCGUUUCUAGUCAAUGACCUCAUCACCACAAACAACCUGGACUUUAUGUUUCUAAAUGAGACUUGGUAAGAUAACAGCUGCAGUGCAACAGUCCUCAAUGAAUCAGCCUCUCCAAACUUUACUUUCAUGAAUGUCUGCAGAGUUGUUAGGAGAGGUGGAGGAUUAGCGGCAAUAUUUAAAGAUAUCUUUCAAUGCAAGCAAGUGACACUUGGUGAUUACUUGACCUUUGAAUAUCUACGUAUUGUACUAAAAGGUGCUCCAUCUGUUCUAUUUAUAAUUAUUUACAGGCCUCCAAAAUACUCUCCUUGCUUUGUUGAUGAUUUUACAGAACUGUUAACAACAACUUCCUCUGAAUUUUGCUGUUUUGUUAUUGCUGGGGAUUUCAACAUUCAUAUAGAUAAUCCUGAACACAACACUGCCAAAAAACUCAAAACAGUUUUAAACACUUUUGAUCUGACUCAACAUGUAGAUGGACCCACACACAAUCGCAGACACACUCUUGAUCUGCUCAUUAGCAAGGGUCUGAACAUUUCGUCCACUAUUAUUAAGGACGUUGCGCUAUCUGACCAUUUCUGUAUUUUCUUUUAAAUAUUGAUUUCUCCUGCCACUGAAGUUAGAUCUGUCUCUGUCAAAAAGAGGAACAUAAAUGAGAACACUAGUGUGCAAUUUAUCAAGGUUGUAUCUUUGAAACUGAGUAUAUCUGCAGACUGUGUUGAUGGUCUGCUCGAUAACUUCAGCUAAAACGUUAUAAAAGCUACUGAUGGCAUUUCUCCUGUAAAGGUCCGGACGAUCACUGACAGGCGUAAAGCACCUUGGAGAAACACAACAGCAGUGAAAAACAUGAAAAGAAAAUGCAGGAAAGCAGAAUGAAUGUGGCGGAAAACACAACUUGAAGUCCAUUAUAAUAUCUAUAAAGACAGCCUUCAUGCUUUCAAUUUGGAAUUAGGCACAGCUAGGCAGACCUUCUUCUCAAACAUUAUUAACAGCAAUAUAAACAACACCUGCACUCUCUUUGCUACUGUAGAGAGACUAACAAACCCCCCAACACAGGUUGCCUGUGAAAUGCUCUCUGACAGAAAAUGCAAUGAGUUUGCAUCUUUUUUCAUGAAGAAGAUAAAUUAUAUUAGAAUGGCAAUCAGCUCAACCUCACGUUGCACUGAGGUCAGACAGCACCCACCACAAAAACUUUAGAAAUUAGUCACAAUGUCUGAUUUUGAGGAAAUUGAUGGCAAAAUCCUGGAAGAAAUAGUACAGCAUCUUAAAACUUCAACCUGCUGUCUAGACACACUCCUCACAACAUUUUUCAAAAAUGUGUUUAACUGUUUGGAGAAACUGCAGUUGUCAAGCCCCUUCUUAAAAAGAGCAAUCUAGAUAACGCAGUAUUGGAAAACUACAGACCAAUUUAAAAUCUUCCUUUCAUAGGUAAAAUCAUUGAAAAGGUUGUUUUCAAUCAGCUGAACAAAUUCUUAAUCUCGAAUGGCUACUUGGACAAUUUACAAUCUGGUUUCCGACCGCAUCAUAGCACAGAGACAGCGCUCUUAAUGAUUUUCGGCUAAAUACUGAUUCAGGCAAAAUAUCAGUGCUGGUAUUACUAAAUCUCAGCACUGCUUUUGACACUGUUGACCACAACAUUCUCCUAGACAGAUUGGAAAACUGGGUAGGGCUCUCUGGGAUGGUCCUUAGCUGGUUCAGGUCAUAUCUAGAAGUUAGGGGUUACUAUGUGAACAUAGGCAACUAUGAAUCUGAGUGGACAUCCAUGACGUGUGGAGUCCCACAAGCCUCAAUUCUUGCACCGCUCCUGUUCAAACUCUAUAUGCUCCCACUAGGCCAAAUUAUGAAAAAGAACCAAACUGCAUACCAUAGCUAUGCAGACGAUACCCAGAUUUACCUAGCCCUAUCGACAAAUGACUACAGCCCUACAGAAUCUUUGUGCCAGUGCAUUGAUGAAAUUAACAGUUGGAUGUGCCAAAACUUCCUUCAGUAAAACAACAAGACAGAGGUCAUUGUAUUUGGCAACAAAGGCGAAAUUCUAAAGGUGAAUACAUACCUUGACUCCAAGGGCCUAAAGACAAAAAAUCAAGUAAGAAAUCUUGGUGUCAGACCUUAGUUUCAGUAGUCACAUCAAAACAAAAACUAAAUCAGCCUACUAUCAUCUAAAAAAAUAUAGCAAGAAUUAGAUGUUUUGUAUCCAGUCAAGACUUAGAGAAACUUGUUCAUGCAUUCAUCACCAGUAGGGUAGACUACUGCAAUGGACCCAAAAAGACAAUUAGACACCUGCUGCUCAUUCAGAAUGCCUCUGCCAAGAUUCUCACCCGAACCAAAAUAUCUGAGCAUAUUAUUCCAGUCCUCAGGUCUUUACACUGGCUUCCAGUUACAUUUAGAAUUGAUUUAAAGUAAUAUUACUCACUCAAUGGCAUAGGACCUAAACAUAUUUCAGAUAUGUUUGUUGAAUAUCUGUCAGACCUCUCAGAUCAUUAGUAUCAAGUCAGUUAGAAAUGCAGAGGGUUCACUCAAGACAAGGUGAGACAGCAUUUAGCUCUUAUGCCACCCGCAGCUGGAGCCAGCUUCCAGAAGAGGUCAGGUGUGCCCCAACAGUAGCUACAUUUAAAUCCAGACUGAAAACAUAUCUGUUUAGCUGUGCAUUUUCUGACUGAGCAUUGUGCUGCGCUUAUUGAUUUCACUGAAUCAUUUUGCUUUUGACUUUCAUUUUAAUUAUUCUAUUUUAUUCUUUUUAGUUUAUUUAUAUGUAACUUUUUCUCAGUGUGUUUACAAUUUUUGUUUAUUCUAUGUUUAAUCAAGGAAGGUUAACAACAAUUAAAGUGUGUGAUAACAAUUUUUGGUUAUCCUCUGUUUAAUCAGGUAUGGAUAACAACAGUUAUGGAUGGUGUUAAUAAUUUAAUAUCUUUUACUUAUACAUUUUAAUCAUUUAUAUUUUUCAAAUAUAUUUUAUUACUUUUCAUUCUUAUUUCAUGUUCUUAAUUGUUUUUGUUUUUUUUAUGUAUCUUGUAUUUUCUUAAAAUUUUAUAUGUAAAGCACUUUGAAUUGCCAUUGUGUAUGAAAUGUGCUAAAUAAAUAAACUUGC